AUGCGCUCCUUUGGAAGCUCUCUCAUUUUACUCCUCGCAUUGCGCAUCUCGAGCUCUAUUGCUACCGAUACAAUUUGCCCGACCUCUUCGUCGACGUCUGUCUCUACUGUGACCUCGACUAUCACAGUCACAUCGACCAGCAUAUCGAGUGUAUCAACUGUAUCAACGUCUACCUCCUCCUCCACGACAGCUACCUCUAGUGCAAGCUGUAGCACACCACUUGGAAAUGGUAUUGCCGGAGCUAGCGACCCAUGGUGGCUACAGAACAUGCCACACGUCGGCACAUCAGCUUUCAACCCUUCUCCUUUGUCUUACAAAGUAUUCCGCAAUGUCAAGGACUAUGGAGCCGUAGGAGAUGGUGUUACAGAUGAUACUGCCGCCAUCAAUGCUGCCAUUGCAGAUCAGUCAAGGUGCGGACAAGGUUGUACAAGUAGUACAACAACACCAGCUUUGGUCUACUUCCCUGCUGGAAACUAUCUCGUCUCAGCUCCGAUCAUUCCCUUCUACUAUACCGCAUUGGUCGGAGAUGCUAAAAACCGACCGACACUCAUCGCUGCGGCUUCCUUUGUCGGUAUGGCGGUGAUCGAUGCCGAUCCUUAUAUUCCUGGAGGUGGCGGAGCCCAGUAUUGGGUGAACCAGAACGUAACCAGCUUCCCCUCGUUUGUCACCAUGGUCGCUAAUCAUGCCCAACAGAAUUUUUUCCGUGCAGUCCGAAACUUUAAUAUCGACCUCACGCGCAUGCCUGUGGCGAGCACUGCGACCGGCUUGCAUUGGCAAGUCUCUCAAGCGACUUCCCUCUCGUUUGUCAAGGUUAUCAUGUCCCAAGAUCCAGCCACACAGCACCAGGGUAUCUUUAUGGAGAAUGGUUCCGGAGGUGUUUUGAGCGACCUCGAAUUUGUCGGCGGAAAUCUUGGCGUGUUUGUUGGGAACCAGCAGUUCACGGUACGCAAUGUCAAGUUUAGCAAUAACAAGAUUGCUAUUCAGGCUAUUUGGAAUUGGGGCUGGACGUGGCAGAAUGUGCAGAUUGAAAACUGUGGGAUUGGUAUUCAAAUGAAGACUGGUGGUACUAGCAUCGAAACUCAGACUGUCGGAUCCGAGGUGCUUCUGGACUUUACAGUCACCAAUACCCCCAUCUUUGUGCAAACCACCACCGCGCAACCGAGUAGUCUAGCUGGCUCCAUCGUCAUCGAGAAUGCCAAACUCACAAAUGUCCCGAUUGCAGUUGGUGUUCAAUCUGGAGCAACGGUCCUCGCGGGCUCCACCGGCACAAUGACCAUCGCAGCCUGGGCACAAGGCAACAUUUAUUCUGGCGCUCAGCCAGUUCCAAACUAUGUUCAAUCAAAUAUCACCCCUCCAGCGAAGCCCGCCUCUCUCCUCGACUCGUCGGGCAAGAUCUUUGGAGUGGGUAGGCCACAGUAUGAAAACUACGCGGCUAGUCAAUUCGUCAGCGUCAAAGCUCAUGGUGCCAAGGGUGAUGGUGUCACGGAUGAUACUGCGGCACUCCAGAGCAUCUUCGAUACCUAUGCCGGAUGCAAAAUCAUUUUCUUCGACGCUGGAACCUACCUCGUCAGCGAUACGAUUAAUAUCCCCGUCGGUACCGACAUUGUUGGAGAAAUGUGGUCGCAAAUCCUUGCAAAGGGAACCAAUUUCAAUGACCAGAAUAACCCACGUGUCGUUCUCAAGUUUGGCAAGUCUGGCGACGUUGGUUCACUCAGGGUGUCGGAUAUCGUUAUCAGCACCUACGCUGGUUCUGCGGGUGCAAUUGUUAUGGAGGUCAAUAUCAAGCAGGCAUCUCAAGGCUCGGUUGGUUUCUGGGAUACACAUGUUCGACUUGGUGGAUCAGCUGGAACAGGACUCACGCAGACGACAUGCCUCAAGCUCCAAGGUCAUGGGGUCGAGUGCUCUGCUGCGUUCUUGAGUGCGCAUAUUACCCGUGGUGCAUCUGCUUACAUGGAGAACGUCUGGCUCUGGACUGCUGACCAUCAGCUUGAUGAUGAUCCUGCCGAGUCUCAAAUCGAUGUCUUUUCUGGCAGGGGAAUCCUCAUCGAGGGCGAAAAUGUCUGGCUCGUCGGUACAGGGUCAGAACAUCACGCUAUAUACCAGUACAGAGUCAACGGCGCCACCAACGUCUACAUGGGGCUCAUUCAAACGGAGACACCCUACUAUCAGCCUAACCCUGCUGCGCCGAACCCAUUCGUUACAAACUCUGCAUACUCGGACCCAGACGUCUCCUCUCUGAAAUCCGCGCUUGCGCUCUCAGUCACCAACUCCGAUCACGUUCUCAUCUACGGCGCCGGAUUGUACAGCUUUUUCGUUUCAUAUGCACAAACCUGCCUCCAGACGUGGAAUUGUCAGGACCAGAUUGCCUCUGUUGGCUCUUCAAAUCAAGUGCGCAUCUAUGGACUCUCAACAGUGGCCACGACUUGGCAGAUGACGUUCAACGGCACUCCAGCGAUCAAUCAGAAUCUCAAUAGGAAUGGCUUUGCGUCGACGGUCACCGCAUGGUCCAGCAACGAGCUUACCCGUGUCACAAAGCGGUGGGUUCCAGUUAAAGCUAGGAUGCAUAAACGAAUGGUGCCUGCGAGGCUCCCCGACUCGUACUGA